AUGCAUCUCUUUCCCUUCACUCCCAUCAUCCUUGUCACCUUUUUGAUCCACAACUUCUCUCUGAUUCUGGGGCAGCAACCUUAUAUUGGUUUAGGCACAGUAGCAUGCCCUGCAAGAGGUAACAAAAACUCUAUUCGAGGUUAUACUUGUAAUGGUGCAAACAGCUGCCAAACGUACCUUACUUUCAGAUCUCAACCCAUUUACAACUCUGUCUCCACAAUAUCUACUUUAUUGGGUUCUGACCCGUCCCAACUUGCUAAAAUAAAUUCGGUUUCCAUGAAUGAUACCUUCGAAACAAACAAGUUGGUGCUUGUUCCGAUCAACUGUUCCUGUGCAGGUGAGUAUUAUCAAACAAACACAUCCUAUGUGUUCCAGAAUUCAGAAACGUACUUCUUGAUUGCUAACAACACUUUCGAGGGACUCACAACAUGUCAAGCUUUGCAGAAUCAAAACUACGACCCAGCAAACAUAUACCCCGGUAGAAAACUUCUAGUGCCUCUUAGAUGUGCUUGUCCCACAAAAAAUCAAACCGACACAGGCGUCAGGUACCUCUUAAGUUACUUGGUGAACUGGGGUGAUUCUGUUUCAUUCGUUAGUGAGAAAUUUGGUGUCAACUUUAUGACCACUCUUGAUGCUAAUAGCCUAACUUUGACACAAGCCACGAUCUAUCCCUUUACCACACUUCUAAUUCCCCUUCAUGGUAAGCCCUCAAGUUCUCAAACCGUUUCUCCAACUCAACAUUCUCCACCACCCUCGUCACCCCCCUCUUCUCAUAAAAACAAAACAUGGGUGUAUGUUGUUGUUGGAGUUGUUGUAGGAGCGGUUGCCUUAACAUCUGUUCUCUGUGCUGCCAUUUUCUUCACACGCUAUCGCAAAGACAAAAUCAAGGAUAAUUCAGUGGUGGCGUCCAAGAAACUUGAGGCAACUGAGAAAAAACCAUUAAGGAAAGUGAAUGAAAAAUUGUCAAAGAUCAUAUCUGGCAUAGCUCAAUCGUUCAAGGUGUAUGAUUUCCAGGAAUUACAGCGAGCAACAGAUAACUUUAGUCCAAGCUACUGGAUCAAAGGGUCUGUUUAUCGCGGUGUGAUUAAUGGUGAUUUGGCCGCAAUUAAAAAGAUAGAAGGGGAUGUGACAAAGGAAAUAGAGAUACUGAAUAAGAUCAACCAUUCCAAUGUUAUACGCCUUUCCGGGGUUAGCUUCCACGAGGGGCGUUGGUACCUUGUUUACGAGUAUGCUCCUAAUGGAGCUUUGAGUGAAUGGAUCUACUUCAACGACGUGGAUGGAAAGUUUCUGAGUUGGACGCAGAGAAUACAGAUUGCAUUGGAUGUGGCCACAGGACUUGAUUAUCUUCACAGUUUCACUUCUCCUCCUCAUAUCCACAAGGAUAUUAACACUAGUAACAUUCUUCUGGAUGGUGAUUUCAGGGGAAAGGUUGCAAAUUUAAGCCUUGCUAGGUGUGUGGAAGGAGAAGAUGACCAAUUUCCUGCCACAAGGCACAUUGUUGGGACAAGAGGCUACAUGGCUCCCGAGUAUUUGGAACAUGGUCUUGUGUCUACAAUGCUUGAUGUGUAUGCUUUUGGGAUACUGAUGCUGGAGAUGGUCACAGGAAAAGAGGUAGCAGCUGUUUUAACAGAAGAUGAGACAAACUUAUCACAUGUUUUAAGUGUCCAGGAGAGGUUGAAGGAGUUUGUGGAUCCCUCUUUGCGAGAAAAUUGUCCAUUUGAACUUGCUAUGUUUGUGAUUGAAAUGAUUGAUCGUUGCAUAUUGAAAGAUCCAGCAAGUCGUCCUACCGUGCAUGAGAUUGUGCAAUCUCUGUCAAGAACCCUGGACUCUUCCAUGAGUUGGGAAAGGUCAAUGAAUGUCCCGCGAAACUAG